AUGGAAGAAAACAUAACAGGAGACUCAUCAAUAAGAAACAGAAAGACCCUUCUGGCAGCCGCUGCCCUGUCAACUGAUAAAAACCCCAAUGAGGAUGGACACUUGACAGAGGGUGACAGUCUGCAAUCUAAUGGGCGUAACCACAGAAGAAGAAGCUCCACCAGUGAUGAGUCCAACAGCAGAGGAUUACUUUUUUUGGUGGCUGGACUGGCCUUUUCCACACGCCUCUACAAAAUAAAAGAGCCUCCUCAUGUGUGCUGGGACGAGACACACUUUGGGAAGAUGGGAAGCUACUACAUCAACAGGACCUUCUUUUUUGAUGUGCAUCCUCCUCUGGGGAAGAUGCUGAUAGGGCUAGCCGGUUACAUGAGCGGCUACGAUGGUACUUUUCAAUUCACAAGACCUGGAGAUAAAUAUGAACACCACAUCUACUGGGGGAUGAGAGGAUUAUGUGCUGGUUUAGGCUCCUUUCUCCCUAUCUUUGCCUACCUCAUUGUACUGGAGCUGUCUCACUCUCACACAGCAGCUCUCAUGGCUGCUUGGCUGCUCAUAUUUGACACAGGCUGCAUCACUAUUUCUCAGUACAUCCUUUUGGAUCCCAUACUCUUGUUCUUCAUCAUGGCAGCAACACUCAGCAUGGUCAAGUUCAAUGGGGAAAAGGACAGGCCUUAUUCUGCUUCUUGGUGGUUUUGGAUGCUACUAAAUGGUGUCAGUCUUGCUGGAGCAUUGGGGGUGAAGUUUGUAGGUCUUUUUGUCAUCCUGCUGGUGGGACUGAACACAAUUUCUGACCUCUGGAGACUUUUAGGCGAUCUGGACCUAUCAUUGAUGGACGUCGCAAAGCACCUCCUGGCUCGCGUAUUCGGGCUCAUCCUGGUUCCCCUCUUCCUCUACGUUACAAUAUUUGCUGUCCACUUUGUGGUGCUGAACAAAAGCGGACCGGGAGAUGGUUUCUUCAGCUCUGCCUUCCAGUCUCGUCUCAUUGGGAACAAUCUACACAACGCUUCGAUGCCUGAGUACCUGGCAUAUGGCUCCACCGUUACAAUGAAAAACCUUCGCAUUGCUGGUGGCUAUUUGCACUCGCACUGGCAUUUGUAUCCAGAUGGAAUUGGAGCAAAGCAGCAGCAGAUUACAGCCUACCUGCACAAGGACUACAACAACCUAUGGGUGGUUCACAGGCACAAUGAUACAAACUCUCAGUCCGAGGCCCCUGAUCUGGUUCGUCACGGUGACAUCAUCAGAUUGGAACACAAAGAAACAACCCGGAAUCUUCACAGUCACCUCCAUGCAGCGCCGCUGACUGGGAAGCACUACCAAGUUACGGGUUAUGGCAUUAAUCACACCGGUGACAGCAAUGACCUCUGGCGAGUGGAAGUUUGCGGAGGCCGCAAAGGCGAUCCAGUGAAAGUGCUACGCAGUAAAGUUCGUUUUCUGCACAAGGCUCUUGGUUGCGUGCUUUUCUCUUCUGGGAAAACCCUCCCCAAAUGGGGCUGGGAACAAGUGGAGGUUACCUGUAAUCCCUACUUGAAGGAGACUCCCAGCUCUCAGUGGAACAUUGAAGAUCAUUUCAAUGCCAAACUGCCCAACAUCAGCCUGUCAGUGCUGAAACCUCAUUUCCUAGAAAUCCUUAUGGAGUCUCACAUUGUGAUGAUAAGAGGUAACAGUGGUUUAAAGCCCAAAGACAAUGAGAUGAACUCCAAACCCUGGCACUGGCCAAUCAACUACCAGGGACUAAGAUUCUCAGGAGUGAAUGAAACAGAGUACCGUGUGUACUUGCUCGGCAACCCUGUGGUCUGGUGGCUAAAUCUGGUGAGUUUAGGGUUAUAUCUGGUCUUUGCUGCGGUCGCUUCGAUUGCCUUCCAAAGAGGUAUCUCAGUAGGCCAAAGGAGAAGAGAUCAUUGUUUGGUUCUCAUGAGGGGAGGAGGCCUUCUUUUACUUGGCUGGAUACUGCACUAUAUACCGUUCUACGCCAUGGGUCGAGUCCUUUACUACCAUCAUUACUUCCCUGCGAUGCUCUUUAGCAGCAUGUUGACAGGAAUUACGCUUGACUUCCUGUUGAACAUGGCUGACCUGCUGUUUCAUCCGCCAUAUUGUGACUGGCUGCACGGAGCUGGGAAGAUGUCGCUUCUGGCUAUUGUUCUCUACAGUUUCUACCUGUUCCACCCGCUCUCCUAUGGCAUGACGGGACCUCUGGCACACGAGCCUGGCAGCUCAAUGGCCGGACUGAAGUGGAUGGAAUCCUGGGAGUUCUAA